AAAUCGUGAAAAGGGUUUUAAUUUGUAUCACGAAGUAAAAAAAUAAGAUGCUUCCAAAAUUCCAAAAUCGUGGAUACCAGCUAUGAAACACAUGAUCGAUCGUGCAAAUAAGUAGAAUGGAAAGUAAAGUAUUGUUCGAGUCUUUCCUUUCUUAAAUUUACCCGAGAUUGUCUGGCCAAAAACCUCCAGAAAAGACUUAAAAUUGCACACGUUGAAAAGUCCGCUAAAAUAGUAUAUUUUGGGCACUACCAGCACAAAUAUAAUCCCUAAAUUGCAACAUUAAAUGCCUCGGAAACAUGCAGCACGAUGCUCAACAAAAUCAACUUUCAAUAACCUUCUUAACAUGUGCCUUCAUAACUGUUGAAAGGAACCUUUUAGAUGAAACUAUUAAAUUUUAUGAUAUUUAGAAGCAAACAUUUCCCCACACAACAAAAAUUUAUAGGAUUCAUUAACCUCGAUACAAAAAAAGCGAUAUAUGCCCAAUACUGCCCGAAACCGAUUUGAAUUGGUAUUACAUUAUCGGCCUUGUUAACGGGUGUGAUUCGUGUUACAACUCCGAAGCAAUAAAACGAAAACCUGUAGCAAAUAAUCGCACCAAGUACCUUAUCUAUCGAAGGAAGGGUGUUCGACGACGACGAGCUUUCAAUUGGAUAAGAUUACAGUUCCCUUCUCCAACAGGUCCAACAUCCAUAUCAAACUGUGCCCAAUUCGGCGGUGAUUCAGUUGCUUCCGUUUCGUCGAUACAGCGUGUAGGGUGCAGUUUUUGUGCAUUGUGUUUAAUUACAAAAAAAUCAAGUGAAUCGAUCUCCAAAACAAUGACAACCGUGGACGAGCAUCACAUCACCCGGCCAUAUGAAUGGGCUGAACCAGUGCCGCUUAAAACCAGUGUACAGCGUGUCCGAGAGCUGGUUGAGAUGGUGCUAAAUUUGAUUAUGUUUGCCUUCGAAUCCAUACCACUCUGGUGGGAAGCACUGGUGGCACUGGUUGUCACACCGAAGGAGAAAAACAUCUCCGGACAGACGGCACUGGUGACGGGUGGCGCAAACGGGUUAGGGCAAGCGAUUGCGAUCGCCCUAGCCCGGGAAGGUUGUAACGUGGCCAUUGUGGAUGUGGAUGAAACAAAUAGCGCGGCAACGGUGGCCAAGCUGCGGCGCCACAAUGUGUCUGCCGAGGCGUACAAGGUGGACGUUUCGGACUACGAUGCUGUGCGUCAGCUUGGCCGUGACGUCGAGCGAGAUCUUGGUCCGGUCGAUAUUCUAGUGAACAAUGCUGGCAUCUUGCCAACUAGCUUCUCCCUGGACGCUCUUCCUUCGCACACCAAGCGUAGCAUGGAGGUGAACGUGCUGUCAAGCUUUUGGACCACACAAACCUUCAUCGACAGUAUGGUCCGUCGCCGGAAAGGACACAUCGUGGCAAUCAGCUCGAUCGCGGGCUAUAUUGCACCGGGCUGGGCAAAGACGUACGCUACGACUAAAUUUGCCAUCCGAGGCUUUAUGGAUGCGCUAGAGGAUGAUUUGUAUUUACGCGGCCAGGCGAAACAUGUCCACACUACGACCGUAUUUCCUUUUGCCUUUAACACACGCAAACAGGCUAUCAACUUGCUGAAAGCAUCUUCUGGGCUAACACGUGUACCGAUCUACGAACCAGCCACUCUGGGUGAGAGUGUAGUGAAGGCUAUCAAAACUAAUCGACGGAAGUUGGUCGUUCCGGAUAUGGUUAAACCCUAUCAACUUUCUAUUUAUGAAAAUCUCCCAAUCAAGAUACGCCAGCUGUUGACGAGAACAAUGGCACAAGGGGAGGUUAAGUUGUUGGAUUAACUGGACGAUGCGAAUCGCAUGUUUUAUAAUUAUGGUAGGAAAGAAAUAAAGUAAAAUAUUACAGUAGUGUUACAACAUAUUUACCACAGAUGAAUGCUUUAUUUUAUGCUUUUAUUUGAGUCGAUCAUG